AUGGCUCCCAUUUCCAUCGCCGACAUCGUCGCCGCCCUGCCGGCCGACGACACCUGGGGCCCCGCCUCCGCCGCCGACAACAUGCUCGACGGCGUCCCCUAUGCUCCUUUCUCCAAGGGUGACAAGCUGGGCCGCAUGGCCGACUGGACGGCCGAGUCCAAGGACCCCAACCGGGCCGGUCGUCAGGCUUACAACCGUAACUUCAGAGACCAGCAAGUCUACGGCGCCGGAUCCUCCAGCCUGUUCUCCGUGGCGGUCGCCGAAGACGAAUCCUCCUUCUCCGUGGUCGACAACACCCGCAGCUCGACGAAGCGCACCUUCGGCCGCGGCGGCGGCACGGUGUUCCGCGGCCGGGCCCAGCGCGGCGGCGCCCAGCGUGGCGGACGCGCGGGCUUCCAGCGCGUGGGUGGCGGUGGUGCCGGUGGCCGCGGGGGCGCCGGCGGGGACCGGUACUACGACAACCGCAGCGGCGGUCGGGGCAACCGGGGCCGUCGCUUCGGGUGGAAGGACUACGACAAGCCGCAGCGCACGCGCGAGGCGUCGGUGGCCGUGCGGCCCGACUGGACGAUGCUGGAGGAGGUGGACUUCAGCCGGCUGUCGAAGCUGAACAUGGAGGCGCCCGAGGGCGAGGAGGUCGACUCGUACGGAUUCAUGUACUACUACGACCGGUCGUACGACAAGGCGCCGGUCAAGAACGCGGAGCGCCGGCUGCAGGCGCUGGACCGCGCCGCGUACAACGUCACGACCUCGCAGGACCCCGUCAUCCAGGAGCUGGCCGAGAAGAACGAGGCGACGGUGUUCGCGUCCGCCGACAUCCUGUCCACGCUGAUGUGCGCGCCCCGCAGCGUCUACUCGUGGGACCUGGUCAUCGUCCACCAGGGCGGCAAGAUCUACUUCGACAAGCGCGAGGGCGCCUCCCUGGACCUGGUGACGGUCAACGAGAACGCCGCCGACGCCCCGCUGGAGCUGGCCGACUCGUCCGCCGCCACCGCCGCCGCCGCCAGCAAGCAGGAGGGCGCCGCCAUCAACACGCCCAGCGCCCUGGCGCUCGAGGCCACCUUCAUCAACCACAACUUCGCGCUGCAGACGGUGGUCGAGUCCGAGGACAGCAAGGUCGAGCUGGCGCACCCCAACCCCUUCUACAACGCCGCGGAGGAGACCGAGCCCCUGGCCUCCAAGGGCUACAAGUACCGGCGCUUCGACCUGUCGCUGGAGCGCGACGAGGGCCAGGAGCCCGUGCACAUGAUCGUGCGCACGGAGAUCGACGCCAUCAUGAAGAACCCCACCGGCGGCGAGGACCAGCAGCUGGUCGUCAAGGCCCUGAACGAGUUCGACAGCAAGGCCCAGGGCUCCGGCGGCGCCCUCGACUGGCGCUCCAAGCUCUGGUCCCAGCGCGGUGCCGUCGUCGCCACCGAGAUGAAGAACAACUCCUCCAAGCUCGCCCGCUGGACCACCCAGGCCAUCCUCGCCAAGGCCGACGCCAUGAAGCUCGGCUUCGUCUCCCGCGCCAACCCCCGCUCCGCCGCCGCCCACGUCGUUUUGGGAGUGGUCGGCUACAAGCCCCGCGACCUCGCCACCCAGAUGAACCUCAACCUCGGCAACGGCUGGGGCAUCGUCCGCACCAUCGUCGACCGCAUCCGCACCCUCGACGCCGAUGAGGACGACGACAAGGUCAAGAAGUACGUCCUCAUCAAGGACCCCAACCGCCCCGUCCUCCGUCUCUACAGCGUGCCCCCCACCACCUUCGAGGAGGAUGAGGAGGUCGCCGCCGAGGAGCAGGAGGCCGCCGAGGAGGAUGAGGAGUAG